CGCGCGGGCAAGCAGGCGGCGCUGAGGCGACUGGGAGUGCGGCGCGGCGUGCGCGGGCACGAGCGACGGGCCUGCCUCGGGCUCAGGCGCGGCGGGCGCGCGCUGCGGCGGGUGUGCGAGGCGCGGGCUGUUGUGCUCCCGGCUCUGCUCGGUCCUUCCUCUGCGGGUGGCGGAGGCCCCAAGCGGUGCGGGGCUCGACCCUUCCUUCCCUACUCGUCCUGCCCAGCUCUUCUCGCGCUGCGCGGUCUCUCGGACGCCAGACCGGCCCGGCCCGGAUAUGGCUCGUGGACAGCAGAAGAUUCAGUCUCAGCAGAAAAAUGCCAAAAAGCAGGCUGGACAAAAGAAGAAACAAGGACAUGACCAAAAGGCUGCUGCCAAAGCUGCCUUAAUAUAUACCUGCACCGUCUGUAGGACACAAAUGCCAGACCCCAAGACCUUCAAGCAGCACUUUGAGAGCAAGCACCCUAAGACUCCACUUCCUCCAGAAUUGGCUGAUGUUCAGGCAUAAAGUUGUUUACAGGUGACUUCACGGCACCUUUGACUCUACUGUCUCAGACCUUAGGUAACAAACCUGCGGCUGCUUUUUUAAACAAACUGUUGGUCAGCAAACAAUAAAGGGGCUACAGAAACACUCGUUUUUACGCUGUUCCCUUUGGGCUUCAUGCAAAGACAACUCUGUGUAAAUGUACAGUUGACUCUGAUGUGGAAAUCUGAAAAAUCAGUCCAUUCUUGUUAUAAAUUUUUUUACAAUUGUAAUUAUAUUGAUGUUCAUAUUGUGUAAAAUAACUCAUUUAAUAAAGUAGUGCUUUGAUUUUACAACACCGCAGGAUAAAUGGUUCUAGAAAUUCUGUUCUAACUUUCCUUAUUAUUUGCCUUAUAACAAUGAAUUGAUCAGCUAGUGUUGCAAGAGCAGUUCUCUCCCUUUCUCAGCUCAGUGGCAGGUUUGUUAAACCAGAGCAGACUCAUUCAUUAAAUCGUGCACUUGAUUCUAUUGGCAGCUGAUGCGGGUUAAAGAAUGGCUGAUCUGCUUCCGUGUAUUCACAGCUACACACCAUUCCCCACUUCUGAUCAUUUCCUGUGUGUCCAUCUGGGAGUCAUUGUAGAUGACAGAUUCAAUUCAUACAAUUGGUAGAGUUGCCAGUGAGCCCUUCUGGACAAUGUGUGAAGGAACAAAUGUGACCUAUAAAGGCCUGUGUCUUUGCAAAUUGUUCAAAUUCAUUUGAAAUUGAACUAUAAUUUUUGAAAGAUUUUUGAAAGUUAUCUAGCUAAUUUUAUGAGUGAAUUUUUACAUUUAACAAGAAGAAUAGAAUGAUUUGUUUCAGAUUAAUUCGCAGAACAUUCUUUGUCUUUCAAAUAAAACUCUAAUUUUAGAGCCUUAGUGCUGGCUCCUGAAAUCAAAGGCUGUCUAGUCUGACUUCCACCUGAACGAGCAGAACAUUGUAGGGUAAGGUAAAGUCUGCCAGUGAAGGAAGACUAACUAGUUCUGCUGGUGUAGGUUACAAGCAAGUCUGCCGGAACUCAGCUUAAGUUUAGACGGUGAUGUAAUGGGAAGAACAUUCCGUACUGACAGCUGCUUAGAGCUAUGGCCCUGACCUGUGGAUAACAAACGGAUCCCUCGUGAUGUAGCCUGGGCAGUUAGUGGACAGCUUAGCAUACUCUGACCACCUGGCUCGUGCAGCUGUGUUUGAAGGAAGGUGAUUCAAGGGCCAGUCUAGUGCUUGUAGUCUGCACAACAGCCCUGUCCCCAACCUCCCUCGCAGAAGUACAGUCCCUCUAUUUAAUUCCCUGCCUCUCACACUUGGUAUCCACUCUUGCUACAAUGUUGCUGACUAGAGUUAGUUACAAUGUUGCUGACUAGAGUUUUCUUGUGGAUCUUACAUUCUAGUUAAGUGGCAAUUUUAGAGCUUCUGAAAGUGCUUUAUGCAGAUGUACGGUUUCUUUUAGUGACAAACUGGUUAUUCAGAGCCUGAUCGCAAUUUUUGAUUUAAAUCUUCUUGUUUGUUUCACUGUUGUAAUUCAGAAUAGAACAUUUUCAGUCUUGUACUUAACUGUUUUCUGAGCAGCUGAAGACACCGUAUUUCACUCUGUAUCUCAGUGAUAGGGAGUAGGUGAUGGCUCUUCAUUCUGAGCGUGGGGAUUGCCAGCACGGUCCUACCCUGUGCUGCAGUUAAACCUGCUGUGAGGAGGAAACGACAACUCGAGCAUCUGUAAUUUAGUGUGCAGAGUCUCCUAACAGACGAGUUUGUUUAAAAACUGUUUGCUGUCUUCAAAGGUGAUAUAAAAUAGCAGGAGGGGACUGAUCUGUUUGUACUCUGUAUGUUAGUUGUCAAAAGGAAUGGGGUUCACAUUAAACUUGUUUCCAUUCUCAUCCCCAUGUUUAGCUGACACACUUGAGCCCUCACGUGUGCUGUAAUGUCUUAUUAAAGAAGAUGUUAAAACGAAACUAGUCUAAUUUCUUGUACCGUUUAAGAGGUUUUUACAUCGCCUCUCCCCCCUCCUCCCCCUCUGAUAGUUUGGUAAUCCAAAGUCUGACAAGUAAAGUCUUGUAGUUCUUUUAUUGGCCAUUGGUUUCCCUAUAUAUAGCUGUCUGUAAGAUACUGCCUAAGAGUAAACAAAGUGUCAUUCAGAAAUCUUGCUGUGUGUAGUGUACAGUGUACUAGAAGGAAAAAAAAUGAUGUUACCAACAAGAACAACAAAAUACUUAGGCCAGUUGACAGGGUGGUUAACCCCUUACGCCAGCAACACUUGAGGCAAGACCUGGGGCGUUUUGGUGUGGUGGUGGUUUAGGGUUUGGUUUGUUUGUUUUUGAGAUAGGGUUUCUCUGUGUAGCUGUGGCUGUCCUGGAACUCAGAGAUCUCCUUCCUCUACUCCCUGAGUAGAGGGAUUAAAGUCAUGUGCCACCAGUCAUGUGCCCUGUGACUUUGGGAUUUACAUUACAAAUAUUCCAAAGGUAUUGUAGAGUAAUUUCAAUUUGAGACAUGGCAUAAGAUAACAGCUAAAACUGGUUACCCCCACAAAGCCCCAACCUUUGUUUUUCAUUAUUUGCACAUGUAGCACACUGCUUGCUUUAGUGACGGAUAUAAUAUCACUUUUUCUAUAAUAUAUUGAUCAAGCAUUUUCUAAACUAGCUAAAAUGCCAUACUUAAUAACCAAGACUGAAUGAAUUCAUUUUUACAGUUUUUUGAUUUGGGAUUUUUGUUUAGUGUGUACAGCGGUGGUGAACCAAAAGGCAGGGCUAUAUGUAAUGUCACUCUACAUAGUGAAUUCCUUAGGCUAGCCUAAGUUUACUGUGAAACCUUUAGAAGUAGUGUGAGUUCCCAGUGCAUAAUAACGCAUCUGUAUGUUUGAUUCACAAUACAUGCUUCAUUAAUGAGAUUGCCAGUUACAGUCAGUGUGAGUGCUUUAUAAAAACAGUAAGUAAAACACUUCCCUUUUAAGCCUUCAUUUCAUUAGCUGAGUUUUAUUUUUGCAACCACUUUUCACCUUCAUUUCUUGGGUAUAGAAUAGACCCAAGUUUGAAAUCUUUGCUACAGAGAUAGACUUAAGUCACAUGCUAUGGGUGUGGUCUUCAGUGUUGAUGUUACAGUCAUUCUUUAAAAUAUUUUUAUAUUUGCAACGCUGUUCCAUAAUUAUUUGUGGUUUUGUUUUUGAGACACUGUCUCAUAUAGCCCAGCCUGUUCUGUGAUCUUCGUGCUUCCACCUGCUUGGAUUACAGGCAUGCACCAACCUUGCUCUGCAUCGGGAUUUCUAAUGGCUUCUGUUGUAUGGACCAUAAGGACCUUGCUCUGUCUCUGCCUCUUGCUGAGUUCUGGCUGCUGAGAAGUGGUCUGUGUUAACUUGGAGUUCUAUGGAGGCUGCUCAUUCACUUAUGUGAGUCCAUAUGGGCUCUGAGUCCAGUACUGCUAGAUUGUACUGCUAUUUGUCCUGUUGAAAUCAGCUUUCAGACUGGCUCCAGUGUCAGAUACUCCUUGUUUUAGUUUUUCAGAAUUUUCUAGUUUGUAAGACUACCAGGUUUUAGAAAAAAUUCCUAGAACUAGCAUUUCUCCAAUGGUUCUUUUGGGGGAAUAAUUAGAAAUCUAGAUAUGUGUUGGGAGCCGCGCCCACAUUCGCCGUUACAAGAUGGCGCUGACAGCUGUGUUCUAAGUGGUAAACAAAUAAUCUGCGCAUGUGCCAAGGGUAUCUUAUGACUACUUGUGCUCUGCCUUCCCCGUGACGUCAACUCGGCCGAUGGGCUGCAGCCAAUCAGGGAGUGACACGUCCGAGGCGAAGGAGAAUGCUCCUUAAGAGGGACGGGGUUUCGUUUUUUCUCUCUCUUGCUUUUCUCUCUCUCUUGCUUCUCGCUCUCUCUCUUGCUUCUUGCUCUCUUGCUUCUUGCACUCUGUUCCUGAAGAUGUAAGAAUAAAGCUUUGCCGCAGAA